CUUACUUGAGUAGAUCUGGUAUUUUUGGGAUAUGGUAAGGUUUCAAAACUCAUAUGGGAUUCGGUCAAGUAUGACGAUUAAGGUUAGGAUUUUAAUUCGGCUUCACGAAUCCAAUUUAGCCUAAAUUUCUUGUUUCUGUGGAUAGCACAAGUUGGCAUGCAUCACCGCUUUAAUCCACCACACUCAUAACCUUUCCAGCUUCCAAUACCAAUGCUAUAGCACCAUGGAGCUGAAAGAUUUGUACAAAAUUGUGAUAAUGAUAGCAGUGGUGACCUGGUAUUCUAUACAAGCUCGGUCCUAACUGGAACUAGAUGACCCGUCAUGGAGCGGGUCGACAGCACCAGGCGGAAGUCAGACGAUUCGAGGAAGAUCAACCUCUCCGAGGAGCCGCCCCCUCCCCCGGCACCUCCAGGGAAGGAGCUCGUGAAGAAGGACAGUUUCAGGGAACCUAAAGGAGUCGAAGGUUCUCCGAGACAGCAGAGGAAGUUCCUAACAACAUGGAGGAUGGCUUGCGAUAAGACAAAAGACCGUACCAAAGAUCUCUUGAAGAAGUGGAGGACGAUGCCGGAAGCAGCCAUAGACGAAGAAUCCAGUGAACCCCUUGUGGAGCUACAACCCAACUCAGGAGAGCACGGCUGGAGCGUCCAUGUUUGGGCCACUUGGGUCAAAAGGUUUCCCAGCGAUGACGACGUCCUCAACGACAGAGCAAAUUCUUCACUCACAGAAAUCCAAAAAGAAAAAUUGAGCCAUUUCUUUUCACACGUUUUCGACAUGGAUAGGGACGACAUUAUCUCAGUGCAAGAUUUUGAAUCACUAACAGAAAGGAUUCGACACUUCUCCGACUGGUCAACAAACAGUGGUGAUUAUUUAGUUCUUGAACAAGUGCAGCAAGGAUUCAUUGAAACAUUCAUACAUCCACUGAAACCAGAUACAAGCUCUGAAGCUGAAAGUUUGCCUCCUAUUGAUAUCAACAAAUUAUUCCUUAGUAUUGAGGACUGGCUUUGGUUCUGGGGUUUACUCCUGGAAGGAAUCAAGUCCUAUCAUGAACUUCCGAUUUGGCUUCAGUACUUUCCCAAAGUAAUAUUUAACGCUAUCAACAAAAGUGGAACAGGCAUUAUAACAAGAGAUGAACUGAGCGCCUUCUAUUCUUCAGUAAUGGGAUUCUCAGCACAGAGAGUGGGUGAAAUUCUUGAUAAAGCCUACAGAGCUAUGACAGCAAAUGGAGAUUACAAACUGAAUUACUCUUUGUAUCGCCUUUGUUUUGCAAAUUUCCUCUUAGGACGUUUCCCUAAUGGACCUGGACAAUAUGUGUUUGGAUGCGCAAUUAAGGAACCUGCCACAUUUCCAAUAGACUAUACAGCAAUGAAUGCAAAGCCAGAAGAUUUAGAAUGCUUUUCCCUUCUUGAAAGGGCCUCAUCAAAUAGAAGUUCAAUAAUUGUAUGAAAUCAAUGCUGAAUCUGUUUUAAUUUUGUAUUUAUUUAUCGAUAACCAGAAAAAAAUGUAUCUGUUUUUAUUAAGUUUUUAAUAGUUAACUAUUUAAUGUAAUAAUCGUGUAUAUACUGUUAUAUAAAUUUUAAAAAAACUGUAACACUAUUUAUUUAAAUGACACUCAUCGCUUUCCUCUGAAUUCAUUAUCAGUAAAUUUAACUAUACAGAAUUCAGUAGGUAAAUGGAGAUGUAAGCCUCCUACAUUCAAUCAAAAACAAAUUUUGUUAUUGCUAAAAGGACAAGUUUUGUAAGAAACAUUAAUAAAGCAUGGAUAUAAUAUAAAAUGUUUCUGAAAACCCUAAUUUCAUUACAUUAAUUAAAAACAGUUUUACAAUUAAUAAAAAUAAAUAAAUUCUAUAAGAAAUAAUAAUACCUAAAGGUACUUUUAAUGGCAUAAAUCUUACAGAAAUGAUGAAACAUUCAUGCCAGAUCAUCCUCUAUCGCUUAUUGAAAAAUUGCUAUUUAAUCAUCUUUGAGUGGAUGAAAUGUCCAGACAUAUAAAGUUUGACUAAAAACAUGUUGGUAAACAAAAUAAUAAAAUUAUGUUACUCUUUGAAGACUACAAACCAGAACUUUUAUGAUUUUAACGAUUUGCUAUAUAUUCUUGAAAUAUUUGUUCGCAACAUGAACUAUUUUAAAAGUUUUUUUCUUACUUGUUCUUAUGAAUAACACAU